AUUGCGUUUGUGUGUGUUGAAAGGAAGUCUGAAGGAAGGGGCAGAUUUUGUUCGGUUGUGUACUUUCAAAUUCUAGCUUACUCCAGCUGGUUUCUCCAUUCUUACCUACCCUACCUUUAAUGGAAGGAUUUCAACUCCAACAUCUAAUGCCACAAGCUCCUUGAUCCACAGCAGCACCUGAUCUAAACACAAUGGAGGAAGAGCUAUUUGUGGAUAAACAUAAUUUAGCACUAGUCCAGAGAGUAAAAAACAUUGGACCGAUUCUGGAUGGACUGCUCUCAUAUAAAGUUAUCAAUAGAGAAAAUGAGGAGGAAAUCCUAUCCCUCCAGGGCCCUCAGGAGAAGAUGAGGGCCCUCCUAAGUGGGCCUUUGAGAUUCUGUGGACCUGGAGGAAAAGAGAUAUUCUACAAACUGCUGAGAGAACAUGAGUCAGAUCUCCUCGAUGAACUUGGUGAUGAGUCUGAGAAAUAUAAGAAGAAAAAAGAAAGACGUAAAAAAAAAAAAGAAAAAAAAAAAAAAAAGAAAGUCAUGGAGGUAGGAAGAAUGAGGACUCAGAAGAGACUUCUUGAAACAUUGAAUGAUUUGAGUUCAGAUGAGCUUAAAGAAUUCAAGUCACUCAUUGAUUUAGACGAAAGUUUCCGACUGAUCCUCAAAGUGGCAAACAUAGAUGAAACAGUGGAUCUGAUGGUGAAGACGUUCAGCGAAAAGUGUGUGAAUAUAACCGAAACGGUUUUAAAGAAGAUGAACAGGACUGAUCUGGUGCAGAGAUUGUCAGACAUCAGCUCAGGAACCAAAGAGGAACUGCUUCCUUCUCUGAUCCAGAGCGUGGAAACGAUGGCGUCUGUCAUAGAGCUGCUUCUGGAAACACUGAAAGAUUUGAGUGACCAGGAUUUAGAGAGUUUUCAGAGGGUCCUGAGUGAAAUUCUCUCUGACAAAGGCUACCCACAGAUCUUACUAAGAUGGCUAAUGAUGAGAGAAAGGCAGGACAUAGUGUUUUAUUUGGUGCGAGAUCACGGCGAUCACAGACUGCUGGAGAUGACCACUGAGGCUUUUGAGAAGAUGAAGAGGACUGAUCUGGUGCAGAGGCUGUCACAAAGCAGCUCAGGACCCAAAAAGAAACACUCAGAGGCACAGCGACCUGCAGUGAUCCAGAAAGUAGCAACAAUGGCAGCUGUUAAACAUCUGCUUUUGGAAACUCUGAAUGAUUUGAGAAACGAGGAUUUUGAGAAAUUCAAGCGGACCCUGGAUUUAAUUGUCUACAAGAGGAAGCAGAGAUAUGAUUCAUGGAUGUUGAGAUCCUCAACAGGCAGAGCACGAACAGUGGAACAGAUCAUUCAGUUCUUUGGCCAACAGUGUGUAGAGAUAACCAUGGAGGUUUUGAAGGACAUUAACAGGACUGAUCUGAUGCAGAGGUUUACAAACUUAGAACUCAAAGAGAUGUACUCUGUGGAUGAACAUCGACCUGCACAGUCCGAGGGAGCACCAAUUCUCCUUUUGAAAACUCUGAAGGAUAUGAGUGGCGAUGAGCUCUACAGAUUUAAGUGGUUGCUGCCGUUCACAUACUUCCAGAAGAGCAUAUCCUACCUCUGUCAUGGAUAUCCCAAUUGGACAGGAUGUGCACUCGAGCUAGUCGAUGAGAUGGUGGAGACCUGUGGUCCGCAGUCUGUGGAGGUGACCAGGGAGGUUUUAAUGGACAUGAACAGAUCUGAUCUAGUGGAGAGAUUAUCAGAGACUAUUUUAAGACUCAAAGAUAAACAUCCGUCCAAACCAAUGAAGGAGGAAGUAACCAUGGCAUCACUGGAGGAGAAGCUUCUGGAAACACUGCAAGAUUUAAGUGAUGGAGAGCUCGAGAAAUUCAAGCGUGGCCUCCAAAGAAUCUCAAGUCAGAGAUUAGAGACAGCAGGGAGAGUUGAGAUUGUGGAUCUGAUGGUGGAGAUCUACGGCCAACAGUCUAUGGAGCUGACAACAGAGAUUUUAAAGAAGAUGAAAGAAGACGAUUAUGGUCUGGGGCAAAUGUUGUCAAACAUCACUUUAGGAUCCAAAGGGCCUUCAAGAAGCUUGGAGCUUGAGGGCAGUGAAAAAAUGACGAAGGACUCCAGUGGCUGGACUAAACUUGAACCUGAGGUGAACAGUACAGAUGAAGAUGAGGCAUCUUACAGCCUAAAGUCUGAAGCGGGAAACUUUGAAUGCAGUGUUUCUGGCUUGCGCUGGGUCUGUCAGGAAAAGGUCCGCUUUAAGUACCAGUUUUGCUCUUCGGAGGAACCCAUGAAGAGGAUGGAGAUGAUGAAAUACAUGCCUGCAGGUCCCCUGAUAGACAUCACAGUGAUUUCUGGGAAGUUAUUUGAAGUGUACCUGCCACACUGGAUCUGCAUAGAUGACAUCCCUGAAAUAUUGCAAAAGUUUGCAGUCCUGCACAUAGAUGACUGUGGAUAUGUUGUGGAAAAAGUGUCUGAAGUCACAUCGUCCCAUGUCAAGCUGUCUGAACCAGUUUUCUCUCCAAGAGCCCCCCUGAUAAUGGUUCAUUUGGGCUUUCCAGUAAAAAUACACUGUAACGUGUUGAUUUAUUCAAAAGCCUACGCAUCCCACACCGUUCUUCGUGUUUACCUGACCAAGGACGAUCCUGCUCUUAAAGAGACCAUCGACAAGGACAAUAAAGAAUACAAAUUCAUCCGAAAGCCACGCACAAACAAGGGCCUGCAAAUGCACCAAGAUUUCAAACUCACAGCAGGCAUAACGGCCAAGAUUUGCCCAGAGAAAAUAACCCUCAGCAAUAGUAGCCAAAGGCAAAGCUCAAUAUUCUUUGUCGUGCACUUUAAGAAUCCAAUCAGUGACUUCGACCUUACACUCUCACAACUCAAAGGGAAACGUGAACCACGGUGUGUAUGGAGCUAUGAGAUUCUAAAAGUUGAGUUCUCUGGUGAUUCAGAUGUGAAAGAGACAGAUGGACCACCCUCCAUUACUGGUCCAUUGGAUAUGGAAGCUACGGGUGGACCGUCCUCAGAAAAUGAAUCAAGGGACACUGCGAGACCCUCAGCUGGAGAGACAGCUCAAUACACCAUGGUAGAUGGUCAGCACUUUGUGGAUACACAUAGAACCAAGCUGAUCAAGAGAGUGGAUGGCGUUGCUUCCAUUUUGGAUAAGCUCCUUGAUGAAAAAGUCAUCACACAAUCGAUUUAUAGUGAAAUCCUGGAAAUCCGGACCACUGAGAAGCAGAUGAGGAAACUCUUCAGUGGUCCCCUGAAUGCAGCAGGGCAUCGUGGCAAAGAAGUCUUCUACAGAAUCCUUGAGGAAGAGCAGAAAUGUCUCAUUGAUGAGCUAAAGGGAAAGAAGUGAAUGUUGCGGAGAAAUCACUAAACGUACAUUGUACCUCAAGAAAAAAAUGUCUUAAACGGUUACAAUGGGGAAAUAGUAAUGUAAAUGUCUCUGUAGGGGGUUCUAUCAAAUAUAGCUUUUGCACCUUCAUGUUUAAUCAUAGCUCUUAUCCUUUUUUUACACUUGGACCAGUCAUAUUUUGUAAAAUGUAUACGUUUUCCUGUAAGGUUAAAACCAGAUUCAGCAAACCAUGCAAGUCAUUCAUGUAAUGUAAUGAUGUAAGAAAUGAUUUUGCCUUCUCACCUGACAUGUAAUGUUUUAAUCCAGCAAAUCCCAGAUGGAUUGAGUCUGCUUUUAACCUAUUUUUUAUAAAUUAAAGGAUGCUUGAUCAUGAAUGAUUAUC